GGCAGUGCGAGAGUGUGAGAAAGCAUAUAGGGCCUACAUAGCAGAAACAGAAAGUCUUCCAUUGCGGAUUCAUCAGUCGGAUCCUGACUACCAAUUAGAAAGGGGAGAAACAGAUUCUCCCAUUGAAAGCUUCUCUCCUGGAUGGCUGUCAUUUAAUCGGUCUCUAUGGUGUCUGGAAUAACAGAAGAUAAGGGUCCAUUAGCUACCAUGUUUGCUAAGAAGAAGAAGCGGGUUGAGAUCUCUGCUCCAUCAAAUUUUGAACACCGGGUGCAUACUGGCUUUGAUCAGCAGGAACAGAAGUUCACGGGUCUUCCGCGACAGUGGCAAAGCUUAAUUGAGGAGUCUGCCAAGAGACCCAAGCCACUUGUUGACCCCUCCUAUAUCACAACAAUUAAACAUGUCCCUCAAAAGACUAUUGUGCGUGGGAAUAAGAUGUCGCUGGAUGGGUCCUUGGCAUGGCUUCUGGAUGAGUUUGAUGACAUGUCAGUUUGCCGGUCGAACUCUCUGCGUAGAGAAAGCCCCCCGUGUCAACCCCGAGAGGACCGUUUUCACCAGGAGAAUGGUAUGAGUGAAGUCCGUGUAAGGCAGCAAAGAGAAGAUGGACAGAGAGGGUCAGAGAGGAACAGAUCAGAGCAUCACAGAAGAGAGAGACAAAGAGAAGAACACAGAGCAGUCCCCCAGCAGCCACGAGGACAAGAGCCAAGCAACAAGCAUCGGCCACCACCACCAGACUAUCCUAAAGAUAUACCUGAGAAAAGAGGUCCUCGAUCACAUGAAAAGAGUGAUGGGAGACGAGAAUACCCUGGAAAUGACCGUGGCCAUAGUGAUCCUGUAGAACGAGUAGUGAAGAGGGAUAAGGGAGAGGAAAAGAGGCCUAAGUCAGCAUACACUAGUGGAGAGGGCAGCCCACAGUCUCCUAGGGACAAGAGGCCACUCUCUGGGCCCAAUAUCCGCACCCCUGGCAGUUCUUCAACAGACGGAGUAGUAAAGCAAACAGAGACAGGAAGGCCAUUCAAUACCUACCCCCGUGCUGAAACAGACCCCAGUAGAGGUGCUGCUCACCAGGUGUCCGAUUCCCGUUCUACUGUUCCACUUGACUCCAAAAGCUCUGUAAGCAAAGGCUCUUCCCGUCCUCAGCAAGGACAAGUUAAGCCUAAGCCUCCAGAAAAGCCUCAUCCUACACAGCUUGCCCCACACAGCUCAGAUCCUCAGCUCUCCCGUCCUGUUCAGACCCAGCAUCCUGCCCAGCCUCGUUCUCCACAGAGGGAGCCACAGCGAGUGUCGCACGAGCAGUUUCGGGCAGCCCUGCAAAUGGUUGUGGAUCCUGGGGAUCCAAGGACUUACCUAGAUAAUUUUAUUAAAAUUGGAGAGGGCUCUACAGGAAUUGUUUGCAUUGCUACCAUAAAGAGCAGUGGAAAACUUGUAGCCGUAAAAAAAAUGGACCUUCGCAAACAACAGAGGCGGGAACUUCUCUUUAAUGAGGUUGUUAUAAUGAGGGACUAUCAACAUGAGAAUGUGGUUGAGAUGUACAACAGUUACCUUGUGGGGGAUGAACUAUGGGUCAUUAUGGAGUUCCUGGAAGGAGGCGCACUUACUGAUAUUGUAACACACACAAGGAUGAAUGAAGAACAGAUAGCUACUGUCUGCGUGUCUGUGCUAAAAGCUUUGUCUGUACUUCAUGCUCAAGGGGUCAUUCACCGAGAUAUUAAGAGCGAUUCCAUACUGCUGACACAUGACGGACGGGUGAAACUUUCAGAUUUUGGAUUCUGUGCUCAAGUUAAUAAGGAGGUGCCACGUCGUAAAUCCUUAGUUGGCACACCUUACUGGAUGGCCCCAGAACUAAUUUCACGGCUACCAUAUGGACCAGAGGUGGAUGUUUGGUCUCUUGGGAUAAUGGUGAUAGAGAUGGUGGAUGGAGAGCCUCCUUAUUUUAAUGAGCCUCCACUAAAGGCAAUGAAAAUGAUCCGGGACAAUCUUCCUCCCAAGCUAAAAAAUGCACAGAAGGUAUCUCCGUUACUAAAGGGAUUUUUGGAUCGGCUUCUUGUUAGAGAUCCCAGCCAAAGAGCAUCAGCAAAUGAGCUUCUUAAACACCCCUUUUUGGGUAAAGCCGGACCACCAUCUUGUAUUGUCCCACUAAUGAGACAGAAUCGUAUGAGAUGAAGAGAAGAUGACACUUGACUUUCACCCCACUGAGCACCACCAAAGAUGGAGAAGAAUGGGGCGGAGGAGAACAUCAAUUUGUCAAACACUUUCACUUUAUUUCAGUGUUGUAUAUACUACUGAACAUUCCUCUUCCACCAUCUCCCCUCAUUCUUCUGUUCUCUUGGAGCGUACUGAAGGAAUAUGUUAAAAUAUCUCUCCAGCCUAAGGGUUAUCAGGUAAUUUAUUGCUAUGAUCUGUGGACAUCUGACCAACUUGCUAAAACAGUGAAAUAGUGGUUUUAAAAGAGAAAUAUAGAGUUUGGGUUCUGAAUAAUAGUGAAUCAGUCUGGAUCACUUCUAGCACUUGGACAUAAACAAACAUACCCAAUAAUUACCUGGGACUGAACACUGGAAAAAUUCAUUGAACUUUGGACAGGGUACAACUGGAAUUUUUCCCUUGGAGGACAGAAGUAAUGUUUGUCUGACAUAUUGAGGAAUGAAUAGGAGCUUUAUCUGA